AUCAUAGAAGUCACCAUGGCAGCACUGAUUAAUUAUUGGAUGUGUUUGGCUGCUCUGUCAUUGACAGUGUCUACGAGCCACACUUUGCGAAGAAUCACUCUGAAGAAGAUGCCAUCUAUCAGAGAGACACUGCAGGGGAUGGGCGUUACUGUGGAGCAGGUGUUGACUGAGCUGGCCCAGAAGAGCACAGACGACAGCAACAAUGGGACUGUUCCCACACCUCUAACCAACUACUUGGAUACACAGUACUUUGGGGAAAUCAGUAUUGGCUCUCCAGCCCAGAUGUUCAACGUGGUGUUUGACACAGGCUCAGCCAACCUGUGGGUGCCCUCGCAGAGCUGCUCUCCUUUCUCUACUGCCUGCUUCACUCACAACAGGUAUGAUGCCUCCCAAUCGCGGACGUAUGUCGAGAAUGGAACAGGAUUUUCCAUUCAGUAUGCCUCUGGUAAUAUCAGGGGAUUUCUGAGCGAGGAUGUGGUUGUGGUUGGGGAUAUCCCUGUGGUUCAGGUGUUUGCUGAAGCCACAUCACUGUCUGCCAUGCCCUUCAUCUUUGCCAAGUUUGACGGAGUCCUGGGGAUGGGCUACCCUAACGUGGCCAUUGAUGGCAUCACUCCGGUGUUUGACCGCAUCAUGUCUCAGCAUGUCCUUAAGGAGGAGGUAUUCUCUGUUUACUACAGCAGGGAUCCAAAGCACUCCCCAGGUGGAGAACUGGUGCUGGGCGGCACUGACCCAAACUACUACACUGGAAACUUUAAUUAUGUGGACACCAGAGAGACAGGCAAAUGGGAAGUUACAAUGAAAGGCGUUUCUGUGGGGACGGAGAUGAUGUUUUGUGUGGAGGGCUGCACAGCUGUGAUAGACACCGGCUCCUCCUACAUCACAGGCCCGGCCUCCUCUGUGUCUUUGCUGAUGAAAACCAUUGGAGCACAGCUGGAUGAAAGUGGAUACAAAGUCAACUGCGACACUGUGAAGAUGCUGCCCAGUAUCACUUUCCACCUGGGUGGCCAGGAAUAUUCACUUACUCAGGAGGAUUAUAUUUUAUGGCAAUCACAGAUGGAAGGAGAUGUCUGUACUGUCACCUUCAGGGGCUUGGAUGUGCCACCACCUACAGGUCCUAUCUGGAUUUUGGGAGCCAAUUUCAUUGCCCGCUACUACACUGAGUUUGACCGUCGCAAUAAUCGGAUAGGCUUUGCCACAGCAGUCUGA